UUUGAAAGUUGAAAGGGUUUGAAUAUGAAAGGGAAGUUUUGUCUCCUCAUGAGUAGAGCUGUACAGGCUGCUUAUCCGUUCGCUAGUUGUGAAGUCCAAUAGUAACUCAAAGUGCUCCUCUUCUUCGUCUUCAGGAAAUAUGGAGACUUCGAACAGCCACAGUUCUGGCAUUAUGUGGUUCUUCAAAGAUAAGGGCUUUGAUGAUACAAGUAUUAAUGAAAUGUUCCAAAAGUGCAAGCGCCUUGAGGGUGUGCAAAGAGAAAAGGCGUCUGAAAACUGGGACUACUUGAGAAGCAUAGGCAUCCAAGAGAGAAAACUUCCUUCUGUUGUUCGGAAAUGUCCCAAAAUCCUUACUCUAGGAUUACAUGAGAAACUUUUCCCAAUGGUUAACUGUCUUGAAACACUGGGAUCAAAACCACAGGAAGUUGCUUCUGCCAUUACUAAAUUUCCUCACAUACUCGCUCACAGUGUGGAAGAAAAGCUCUGUCCACUCUUAGGUUUCUUUGAGGCUCUUGGCGUUACUGAGAAACAACUGGGUAAGAUGAUACUGAUCAACCCAAGGAUUAUAAGCUACAGCAUAGAACAUAAGCUUUCACAGAUGGUGGAAUUCCUUUCGAGUCUUCAUCUGGCAAAAGACGGUAUGAUUGGUAAAGUUCUAGUGAAGCAUCCAUACAUUAUGGGCUAUAGUGUUGAUAACCGGCUGCGUCCUACUUCAGAGUUCUUGAAAUCGCUAGGUUUAACAAAUAUGGAUCUCCAGAAAGUGGUAAUUAAUUACCCUGAAGUUUUGUGUAGAGAUGUGAACAAGAUUCUGCAACCUAACCUGUCCUACUUGACAUCACGAGGUUUUGGAGUUGGACAGAUAGCAGCUGUCGUCACCUGUUAUCCUCCUGUUUUGAUAAAGAGUGUUAGCAACUCUUUAGAGCCAAGGAUUAAGUUUCUGAUAGACGUCAUGGGGAGGGGACUUGAUGAAGUUGUUGAUUAUCCGGACUACUUUAGGCAUAGUUUGAAGAGACGAUUACAGUUGAGGCAAAAACUUCUAAUGCAGAAGAACAUAAGCUGUACACUGAGUGAAAUGCUGGACUGUAAUCAGAAGAAAUUCCUAUUCAAGUUUGGUCUAGUUCAGUGAAAGUAUGACCGUGUGCUUCGCCUUCCUUUCUCUCGUAGAGUAUAUAUCUCGAGAUUCAGCUUGUAUCAAUCUAAAAGACCUAUAGGCUAUAGGAAUGAGUUGUCUUUUUCCACCUUUUGCGGUCAUUUGGUCUUCUGAGAAACUAUUAUUGGUAAAUCACUCAUUUGUUAUUUCUGCAAUUGUUGGUUUUAUUCUGUUUAA